AUGCCAGAGAAGGUCCUGUGGAUGAGACGUAUGCGUGUGCUCCGCAAUUUGUUGAAGAGGUAUCGCGAGUCGAAGAAGAUCGACAGAACUUUGUACCACGAGCUCUACCUCCGUGCCAAGGGUAACAACUUCAAGAACAAGAAACAUCUUAUGGAGUACAUCUUCCGAAAGAAGAGUGAGAACAAGCGUGCUAAGCAACUCGCUGAUCAAGCUCAAGCAAGACGUGACAAGAACAAGGAAGCCCGUAAGAGACGAGAAGAGCGACAACAUGCCAAGAGAACGGAGCUUCUUCGCAAGAUUUCGGAGAGCGAGAGAGCCACCACUGAACAGAAGUAA